AUUAGAGUAGCCCCAUUGAACCAAUUAGAUUGUUACCUACGUGAAACUAACUUACUGUGACUGGAAUAAACAGGACUGCCAUCCCAGAAUCCCCCGGUGGGCCUCUCUGCUUAGAAUCAACCAACAAGACUCAAGUCUUUGCUGUCCUUUUUUGUGACUGCCACUCCCACAGCGCUGGGGGAUUCUGGGAGUUGUAGUUCCCCCAAACCUUAGCUCCUGUUGCAUAUAGACAUAGUAAUGAGGCUGCUUCCCGUUUCUUCUGUGUCUGUGGAAGAGGGACAGCAAAGAAAGUGGGUGGAAGGGAGCCAUUCUAAGUAGGAGGAAAGGCUCCUCCUAGGCUGCCUCCACACCGCGGAAGUAACCCGCUUCAGGUGCCCUGCUGGCUCCAUGCCAUGGACUUCUGGGGACUGUAGUCUAAUCUAGGGAAGGCAAUGGUGAGGCAUGAUGAGCAUGGGGUUCUGGGCCAGUUGCAUGGUGAGGCCCAAGGGAGGAGGAGGAGGAGGACUGCGGCUCCCAGAGUCCCCCCGCCGGCUUAGCCUGGGACUAGCCGCAGCCCUGCUCCUCCUCCUCCUCCUCCUCGCAGUCCCCUCCUCUUCCUUCUCUGCUGGGGCUGGACUUCCAUGGCCUCUGGAGCAGCCGAGAGAAGCCGGGGGAGGCCUGGGGGGCGGCUGGACAUGAGCCACGGCUUCGUCCGCCACAUACGGCGCAACCAGAUCGCCAGGGACGAUUACGACAGGGAAAUGAAGCAGGCCAAGGAAAAGGUGAAGAAGAGGCACACACCGGCCCCGGCUCGGCCCAGGAAGCCAGACCUGCAGGUCUAUCAUCCCUGCCGGAGGGGUAAAGCUGAAGCCUCACCUGGCUUGGAGUAUGAGGGAUCUAGCGAGAGCAGCUCCAGUACAGAUCCGGAUGUCAACGGUCCGGCCCUUUUCUGCCUGGAGUACGAAGCUGACAGCGGCGAGAUCACCUCCGUUGUCGUACACCAGGACCAUGACCCGGAGGAAGUGGUCGAGAAGGUCAGUGCCCAGAACCAGCUGGAGCCAGCUCUGCGGGAGGCCCUCAGGCGGCGGGUGCAGGAGGAGUUGGAGAAGCGGCGGGUGACACGCUGAAUGCCUCGCAGGGCUGGCCUGGGCUCUUUCACCGAACUGGGAGACGCUUUCUGGGGAACUUGUCCCUUGGUGGUUUGGCCUGGAAGCCUUGGGAAGGUCCAGGUAUUAGCUGAACCUUGCUCUUGGUGUGGGGCAGGAUGCCUCUCUCUGGCUCCCGCCUGCCUGUCCUCCUUCCCUGAAGUGGCUGCAGAACCAGUGAUUGUGUCUGAAAGGAGGAUUAGAAGGGAGCGUGGGGACAGGAGCAAAGUCUCCUUGGGAAGGGUUGAGGGUCUCCUUGAGAAGGACAUAGUCCUGGGGAAGGAAAGCUCUCUUGCUAGCAGGUGGACUAGUGUCCCUUAGCUUGUCUUGGCUGUGGUGCUGUAGGGCCACCCCAAGUGGAUGGUCUUAUUUGGAGCACUGACCAAAAUAACGGGGUGGCCCUGGAUGGUGGGGUUGAGGACAGGGAAGAGUCUGUUGGUGGUCAUCUGCUGGACCCUGCAGGGCAAACCAAGGUUGUCCAAGGUUGAUGAGCUUUGAAAGGCACACACCUUUCCACACCAUCUCAUCUUUCUACACCAGAUCAUCCAGUUUGAUCUCUCUCUCUCUCUCUCUCACACACACACACACACACACACACACUAAUAAAGCUGCACAGAUUGGCUUGGAUCUCAUGUGAAAGAACUGGGCUUUGGUGAGGGUCUUUUGGAAGCUAGGGAAGCUCUUGCAUUGCAUGCCCCUCACUCACCUUUUAAAAGCAUGGCACAUGAUUGUAAAUACAUGGAACGUGCUGUUUGCUCUGAUGAGUUCUUCACUGAAGCCAAAAACAGCUUCCUUGAAUUUGCUGUCUGCAUUUUCUCCUCUCUGUGACUCUUCCUGUGGAAAAUACACGUUUUUUUCUCGCUGCCUGUUCUUCUUGGUGCAAUCCUUGUACACUGUAAUUAUAAUGGCAUUCAUUAAAAGCAUUCAGACUGCAAAA